AUGGCCGGCUUCAGUAAACCGAUUUCCGCCUUUAGAAACGGCAAAACUGCACCCCAGAAGUUCAUUACUAGCCCCCACCUUGCUUCUGAGUUCAAGCUAUACAACAUCUUCACCAUUCUUGAUGAUUUAGCCACUGUAUCAGGAAAGACCAUUAGGAGUGCCAACCAGCAUUCUCGUGGAUGUAUUGGUGCUACAGCAGACUUUCAGCUGUACCACUACUAUGCCAUCUUUGACGGUACUUCUGCCUUGGCGAAGUAUGAUGGAACUUUGGCUAAUCAAGUUGACUACUUUAAUUUUGCAGCCAUAUUUGGAAAGAAUGGAAGAUGCUUUGGUGACAUUCAAAGCUUAGUUAAAUCUGGUGACCUGAUUAGCCUUACUUCGGACGUGGAUCUCUAUGAAUUCUUUACCCUCUUUGUCAAAGGUAAAGAACAGUGCUCCACUGACAACAGUGCUCAUGAUUUCAAGUCCAUUUUUGAAAACCACAAAACCAAAAGACAACAAAAAAUCCAAAACUCCAACAAAAACAACAAAAACAACAAUCCAGAAGAAAACUAUUAUGACUUCUACAACAUCUUUGGCAAGGGUAGAGAACAAUACUCUACUGACUAUAACUUUUAUAACUUCUACUCCAUUUUUGAAAACCCAAAAACCCAAAAACAACCAAAUAUCCAAAACACCUACAAAAGUCAUAAAUAUGAAAAAAAAUACUCACUAACUGCUGACUUCAAUGGGUUUGAUUUCCACAACUUAUUCAAGCAAAAGUCUCCUGCUGCUGACUUUGAUGACACUGGGUAUGAAUUGUACACCAUUUUCGAAGAAGUGGAAUGCUCCUUGCCAAAGUUUGAGGCAGUUCCAGAAAAGCCUGUAGAAGCUCAUUUGCCUCUGUCAGACAGGGUUGUGGUGCCAACGCAAGAAUUAGUCUCUUUUCCCAAGAUGAAGACUUUACCAAAGGUAGAGUUGGUGUUGAGAAAGCCGGAAAAGGCUUAUUUGCCAAAGGUAGAUAUUUCUAUGUCAAAGGAGGCAUUGGCCUCUUUGUCAAACACGGAUUUCUUAUCAGAAUUCGGUGUGGGAAUGAAAAAGAUUGGAAACGUGUAUUUUCCAGAACAUGAUGUGAUCUCAUUCCCAAAAAAGGUUUUGAAAUCUUUAGAAAGAUUGGUGCCUGUGCCAAAUUUGAGUAGUUUACCAAAGGUUGAGCUAGCUUUAUCAGAGGCCGAAAAAGCUUAUUUAACAAAGGUAAAAGACCUUUCUCUGCCAAAGCAUGCAUUAGACUCUUUGUCAAACUUGGUGUCUUUACCAAGAGUUGAGUUGAUGUUGAAAAAGCCCGAAAAGGCUUACUUUCCAGCACUUGAGUUGAUUUCACUGUCAAAACUUGAUUUAAAGCCUUUGGAGAAAUUGAAACCUUUGCCAAAGUUGACUACUUUACCAAAGGUUGAAUUAGUAUUGAGAAAGCCCGAAAGGGCAUACUUACCCGUACUUGACCUGGCCUCAUUGCAAGAUCAUGCUUUGAAACCUCUAGAGAAAUUGCCUUCCUUGCCAAACAUGGUAUCAUUAUCAGAACUUGAAAUGAGAUCGGAGAAGCUUGGAAAGAUGUAUUUUCCAGAACUUGACUCUUUGUCAAAGUCGAUUGCUUUAGCAAAUGAUGAUUUAAUGAAGCUUGAAAAGGUAUCAUUACCAAAGCUCGACCUGGUUUCACUGGCAAAGAUUGAUUUGAAACCUUUAGAAAAGUUGUCAGAACCUGAAAUGGACUUGGAGAAGCUUGAUAAAGUCUGUUCUCUGUCGAAGCAGACACCAGCUUCUUUGCCAAAUUUGAGUUCUUUACCAAACGUUGAGUUGGUGAGUAAACCCAAAAAGUUGCCUUCAAUACAAUCUCCUAUCUUGGACCAGUUAGGGAAGUUGGUUUCUUUACCAAAAAUGAAUUACCUAGCAAGCCUUGAUAUGGGGUUAGCAAAGCUUGGAAAGGCUUGUUUGUCAAAGAUUGUGAAUCUUUCUCUGUCAAAGCGGGUAUUGAGUUCUUCACCUGAAUUGGCAGUGUUACCCAAGUUUGACACUUUAGCAAGGCCAGACUCGGUCUAUUUUCCAGACCGGGGAUUUUCCAAGCGUGAUAUGGACUCCAUUUCAAAAGGUGUAUUAGAUCGGUUUGAAGAUUCUGAGUUGACACUUUUAUCCAGAAAUUAUGCUUCAGUGGAUGUUACUGGUGGUGUUUCAACUAGACUUAAAUUUGAGGGCCACAAAGGGCCCUUAGGUUGUUCGUUUGAACUGGAAGCCUUGGAGUUUUUCCCAAGGUUUCAAUACAAUGGUAGACUUCUGGCUACUGAAGGUCUUAUUGGGAGCUCUUUCCUGUUGUUCUUGGAAGCUCAAUGGGACAAUUCAGUUAGUAUGGAAACCAUUAGUCCACCUUUGGCAUCAUCAGAUUUAUCACAGCUGGAUGCCUUUCAAGACGACAUCGUAUCUAUCAAAAACCUCAGUCCCUCCAUAUCAGAAUCUUCCGACUAUAGCUUAGAUAAAGAAGAAGCUUUGAGUCAAUGCUACUCAUUGAUGGAGAUUAGUCCUUUAAGCCCUGAAGCUGGUUGGGAGUUGGGAGAUCAAUACCUUGAUAUUAGACAAACUUCAGAGGCCAAAAGUGGUUCUGAUUGCUUGGCUCUCAAUCCUUCUCCCUUGGGAAACAAGGUUGAUACUCAAAAAGAUGCCUCCAAUGACUGGAUUUUGUGCUUAAGUCCUUCCAUCUUUGACGUGCCUGCAUUUCUAUCAGAAGCAUUGGAAACCGAACCCUUAGAUUCUGAAACCUUAAGGAAUCCAGUUGUUAUCCCUGCAGGUUACUAUGAACUUGACGGUCGUUCCAACAUCAGGUACGACUUUGAAUUAGACCUUCGUUCUUCUGACAAUGAAUUAAGUAAUGGAGCUACUGACGUCGGAUAUGCCAGAUCUAACACUCAUUUAUUGGGUUACAUUCCGCCUUUGGGGUCAACCGAUGUACUGUGUUCAGAUGGUACCGACUUUAGUGAAGACUCUGUCUUUGAAACUAAUGAAGCUGACGAUGAGAGUUCUGGAACUGACUAUAACAGCAGUGCAAGCAUCUUAGAAGAAGACGAAGGAGAAGAAGAAGAAGAAGAAGAAGAAGAAGAAGAAGAAGAAUUGCAGGAAUUAGUAGCCAUCCAGCCUAUUCUUUCUGCUCUGUUGAGUAUCCUCCCUCCCGUAGUAGAGGAGAGUCGUUUUGACAUUGGUGAUUAUGACAGUUACGAAGAAGAGUCCAGCCAAGAUGACAGACUGCAAACUCCUUACUCACCUUCAGUGGUGGACAACUCCACUACAGGCUCGCCUAGUUUCCCAGAAGACCAACUACUUGAGGAUUCUAUUGCUGGAAACUCCACUGCUGAAAGCGAUCCUCGUUACUUCGACCGGUUGAGAGAAAUAAGCCCCGUGGAUGGACCCACUCUAUUAAUCCUGGGUCAAAGCGUGAAUUUAUCAUCUUCAGAUGACUUUGUGAGAAAUAAGCCACCCUUAAGAAUGCCUGGAAAUUAUAGAGGUGUUGGAAGAAGACAAAGAAAUGAUCUUCCUGACUUCAAUAAUUUGCUCUAUCUCAAUUCUUAUACCAGGGAAGUUGCUCUCAUGGAUCACAAAGCUCCUACAGAAUUGAAGGAGUACCGGUUCUACAUUGGGAGAGAGCCUGGAGAAGAGUUGGAAGAUAACAAGGCUUACCACUUUACCAUCAAUUCGGGCUGA